UCUGCUCUGCUGAGCACAAACAACAGUCUGAGCUGCUCGAGACUCGCAGGACUGCUUAUCCACAGCUACUUUUCCUGGAUUUAGUCAGUUCACACAAGAUUGAAUUACUGUUAACAUGGCAUCUCUGAAUCAUGUGCUUUGUCUGGGAGUCUGUAUUUCUGCUUGGCUCAUCAGUACUGCUGACAUGAACACUGUGCCCACAGCAGAGAAUAUUCGAUGGGUGUCUCUGGACUUUAAAACCAUCCUCAUGUGGACUGUCAAGGAACCUGAUCACAAAUUCACCGUUCUGUACUCUGUGGAUGAUGGAGACUGGCAGGAGAGUCAUGACUGCAUCCAAGUGUCAGAGUUAGAAUGCGAUCUGACCCAUGAUCUUCAACCCUUUGACAGGCUCUACAGUGCUGACAUUCAAACAGACACCACUGAUGAAGAUUAUACUGCUGACGAACCCCCUCAUGCUGUUUCCCCACACUUCAACCCCUAUAAAGAGAGUAACAUCAGUGCUGUAAAAUUCACUGUGAGGUCUGUAGACAAGACCCGGGUCAUUGUCAACAUCACAGAUCCUCUCACCAGUAUCCAUGUUGGUCAGAGGCAGCUCAGCAUCAGAGACAUCUUCGCUCAUGACCUCCAGUAUAAGGUCAUCUACCGCAAGUCUGAGAGCACAGGCAAGAAAGAAAUCACAUCUAACUCCAGUGUAGCAGAGGUUCCAAACCUGGAUGAAGGACAGAGAUACUGCUUCAUGGUGGCAGCUUUCAUCCCCUCAAGACCCCAAAACACCAAGUGGGGAGCCUGGAGCGAGGAGUCAUGCACACAUGGAGACCCGGGUAUUGGGACAGACUUGAGUCUUGGUGCGUGGGUUGGUGCGAUCUUCGUCUUUUUAACAGUCCUCAUCAUCAUCAUUACGGUGACGGUCCUCUGCUGCAGACGCCGCCGAGAAAGAAACACUGGCUUCCAAACAUAUCAAUCAUCGACACCUAUUUAGUGUGUGUGUGUGUGUGUGUGUGUGUUGUGUGUGUGUGUGUGUGUUGUGUCUUGUGUCUUGUGUGUCUUUCAAAGACAGGGAGCUGGCCUCCCUUCAGUUUUCUGUCUUUAAAGUGUGUUUGCGGUUGUUGUUUUUUAAAAUUUCAUAUCUUAACUGACAUUAAGGAUAAACUCUGCAGACUGCUGUCGACAGGUAAUACACAAUGCAUACCACCUAACAUUUAGUCCAUUUGAAUGUCUUAUGUCUUAUGUGGAUCCUCGCUUAUUAUCCCAUAGAAAAUCAAGCACAGUUUUGUUUUAGAAUAUCAGAUGUAAACCACUGUUGUUCUUUGAAUUGAAAGAACUUGGAAAAACACUAAUUAAGAGGAUUUGAAAUGUGUAUUGUAUACCCACUGAAUGAGUGCAGACUGUAUUCCCACACAUAUUAUUAUGCCCAAAACGUACCUUGUCUUGUUUUACCCAGGAUGUCAAUCUGGUUUUCUCCCAAACGUUUUUUCAUUAUUCAUCAUUUUAUAAACUCAUCUUGCUAUUCAAGUUCUGUCAGGACCAAAUGGAAAAAAUAACCUACGGGCUCAAUAAAUGAAGCUCUUUAGUGGCAUCCAGUGGCUGUUUGAUGGAACUUCAAUCCAACUCUAACUGUACUUUUAACUUGUAACUCUGAAGAUUCCAAUUCCUAAUUGUAUUAAUUUUGUGUGAGAAGAAUGCCUUUUGUUGAUCAAAAGGAAGGACAAGCAAUAAAAUAUUAUAAAUGGGAAGGUU